AUGUCUCCUGCUUUCUCAGAAUGGCGCAAACUGCCCAUCAGCCUGAGUGAGCUCUGCAUCAACACCACUCUUAGAUGUGGCCAGUCUUUUAGAUGGCGCCAGUUGCCCGAAAGCGACGAAUGGCGAUGUGUUCUCCGCGGACGCAUCAUCUCCCUCAAGCAAGACCCGUCGCACUUGUAUUAUAGAUCAUACGCUCCUCAACCCACACUUCCAACACCACCGGCAUCGACUCCUUCUUCGCACGCAGGCCUUAAAUCGGACUCUCCUGUGAAAGAUUCAAACGCAGACGAGACCUUGGCCAUCGUCACCCAUUACCUCAACCUUACAUCCAAUCUGACCGAGCUAUAUACACAAUGGUCUGAUUCAGACCCGAAUUUCAAGAAGAAGGCGCCAAAUUUUACGGGGAUCCGCAUUCUUCGCCAGGAUGCCUGGGAGGCACUGGUGUCGUUUAUAUGCAGUAGCAACAACAAUAUUGCCCGGAUCUCGCAAAUGGUGGAAAAGUUAUGCAUAAACUACGGCGACCCAGUGGGAACAAUCGACGGCUAUUCGUAUCACGACUUCCCUCGCCCAGAGGCAUUGACUGGGGAGGAUGUUGAGGGUCGGCUGAGGGGCCUUGGCUUCGGAUACAGAGCCAAAUAUAUUUACCAAACGGCGGUUAUGGUGGCCAAAGACCGAGAAAAGGGUUGGCUUGACUCGCUGCGGAAUCCGGAAAGCCCGGCGUUCGGUGUUGAGCCUUCCCCCGGCGGUGACAUGAAACCAGAGGGUCGAGAGGGUUAUCGCGAUGCCCACGAAAAGCUCUUGGAAUUACAGGGCGUUGGGCCAAAGGUUGCAGACUGUGUUUCUUUGAUGGGUCUUGGAUGGGGAGAAGCAGUGCCGGUCGACACACAUGUUUGGCAAAUCGCACAACGAGACUACAAAUUUGGCAAGGGCGGCAACAAGUCGUUAACGAAAGCUACGUAUGACGCGGUUGGAAACCAUUUCCGCAAGUUAUGGGGUCAAGAGGCAGGAUGGGCGCACAGCGUCUUGUUCACUGCAGAUCUCCGAAGUUUCUCGGAAAGGCUGACAUCGAAGGUCGAAGUCAAGAUCAAGCAGGAAGAUGACGCUGCGCCAGUGGAGAGUCAGAGAGCCUCAGCCUCUAUAGUUACUACGAAACGUCCACCCGACGAUGAUAGCGAUACGAAGGAGGAGCUGGUUGUCGAGGCUGCCGAAACGACGGGUACUCGCCGGAGGUCGAAACGGCGGCGGACGUGA